AUGGCCACACGACCGAACGGCGAGGAGCGCGGACCGCGCAUGUCCCACAUGAUGAGUGCCAAUGAAGGUCCCAUGGACAUCAUAGCCAAGGUUUCUGGCGCCGUCCAAGGUGGCAAGCGGGAAGACGACGGACCCUACUUCACCAACAACGAAGGCAUCCCACUACCCGAUGCGGAGCACAGCAAGAAUAUAGGUGGCAUUCCGCUUGUCAGCGAUGUCCAUCUUCUCCAGAAGCAACAGCACUUCAAUCGCUCCAAAAACCUGGAACGAAUGGUCCACCCAUGCGGCUCGGGAGCUUUCGGCUACUUCGAACAGACCAAAGAUGUUUCGCAGUUCACGAAGGCCAACUUCCUGCAGGAAGUAGGAGGAAGAACACCAAUCUUCAUCCGCUUCUCCACUGUGACUCUUGGACGUGAGUUUCCAGACGAAGCACGGAAUCCCCGAGGUUUCGCGAUCAAGUUCUAUACGAAGGAGGGCAACUAUGACAUCGUCGGCCUGAACUUCCCGAUCUUCUUCUGCCGUGAUCCCAUUCAAGGACCAGACGUUAUCCGCUCGCAGGCCCGCAACCCGAAGAACUUCCUACUGGACUACGACGCAACUUUUGAUCUUCUAGGAUGCGUACCUGAGGGGAACCAUGCCGGUAAUUUGAGCCAGAUCCAUGCCCUCGACCACGGAACCCCUGACGGCUGGAUCAAUGAGCACGGCUACGGCUGCCACACGUUCAAGUGGGUGAACAAGGAGGGCCAGUUCGUGUACAUUAAGUAUCAUUUCCUUGCGAAGCACGGCCAGAAGCAGUUGACCGAGCCAGAGGCCAUCCGCACCUCGGGAGAGGACCCAGAUUACUCCAAGCGUCAGCUGUGGGAGGCCAUUGAGCGCGGAGAAGAGAUCGAGUGGACUGCAAAGGUACAGAUCAUGCAGCCAGACGAGGCAGAUCCUGAGAAGCUCGGGUUUGAUCCCUUCGAUGUGACCAAGGUCUGGCCGCGAGGACAGUUCCCUAUGCAUGAGUUCGGCCGCCUUGUGUUGAACAAGAAUCCUGAGAACUUCCAUCGAGAUGUUGAACAGGCUGCGUUCAGUCCUGGAUCGAUGCCACCGGGCAUUGAAGACUCGCCAGACCCACUGUUGCAGUUUCGCAUGUUCUUCUACCGCGAUGCUCAGUACCACCGGAUUGGUGUCAAUCUCCAUCAGGUGCCCGUCAACUGCCCUUUCAUGUCGCAAUCGUACUCUUCAAUCAAUUUCGAUGGACCAAUGCGUGUUGAUGCCAACCAUGCCGGCAACAAGCAGAUUGUGCCAAACAGCUUCACCUACAAGUUCCGCCCGGAUGUCGCGGAGGCGCCAUAUAAAGUCUCCGAUAACGUUGUCUCGCGGAAGAGCCACUAUUACCACGAAGGCAAGAUCAGCGAGUACACGCAGGCUCGAGAGCUCUACAAGCGUGUCAUGAACGACCAGGCCCGCCAGAACCUCCACAGCAAUACGGGCAAGAUGCUCUCAAAGGUCAACUACCCGAUCAUUGCGAAGAAGUACCUUGCCCAGAUCUACAAUAUCGCUCCGGAGUAUGCCCAAGGCGUCUAUGGCAGCACGAAGUUCAAGUUCGACCGCUUCGAAUUCAAGGAGGUUGAAGAGAUGAGCAAGGAGGCGCAUCUCUUUUACAAGGAGGAGAAGUUUAGGCCGAGCGAGGGUGACAGGCUGGUUGGCUUUGCUCCAGAGAAGCCGUUCUACCAUGUUUGA